AUGUCAUUAAAGGAUAAUAGCGGCCAUGCGUAUACUAGUAUACCCUUAGAAGAUGUUUUUUCAGCAUCAGAUAAUGAUAGUAAUAGAUUACCCUCAACUCCUCCACCUAACUUUGAAGAAGGUACAUCUUUUAAACAUAAUCAUAACAAUCAAACCACAGUUUCAGACGAGUUAGCAGAGAUUAAAAGGAAUAUAGCAGAGAUGAAUAAUACUCUUGCAAUGUUAAAGGCAAGUACUGGAGGAUUUGAUCCUGAAAGUUUAACUGCAACGCCUAAUAAACCAGUCGAGUGUGUUUGUUGGAAAGUAGUAUUGGGAUUCGUAGUGGUUAUACUUUUUUUGAUGUUUUUUGUAUGGUUUGCGGUAUACCUAAACAUUUGGUAUGAACGUUCAACUCAUAAUUUAUCAUGA